GGAUAAUCACUUUUAAAAAAGUGAUGAUUUUCGUAAAGCGUUUCAGUGUAGAUUGGGGGAAAGGAGAUGCGAGUUUGACGGCCAACUGUGCAAAUAUUGGUCGAGUAUAAUACAACUACAUGGCUUCCAGCUGAGGUCUCUGUCUUGAGCCGUCGAGUGAUCGAGAUCAAAAUGAGUUGGACGCGCUGACACGAACGAAGUUUCGUGAGAAAUGUUGUGAAAAUUUUGCUGUGAAUUCAUUUAACAUUAUUUUAUGGCGAGAGAAACAGGAUAUGUCUGACUAUGAGCGGAAGCGUUAGGAAUUUCACUGUUAUCCACAGGAUCAUAUUUUGGGUCUUGGUCGUCGUUUUGCAGCGUACAUCUUCCUACCCAUUUCCUCUUGCAUGGGGCUCCCCUUAUCUGAGCGCUGAACAUUACUGGCCAAUGGACAACAUAACGAAUGGAAUCCUCGAGGAUGUUAGAGGGGCAGCUCACACCGUCGUACAUGAAGGAAAGAUUGUGGUAGUACCUCAGCUGGGAUAUGCAUUGUCCUUGGAUGGAAUAGAUGACUGGGUGGAUACUGGUGGUUUUAACGCAGAUUGCGUGACAGAACCCUCAAGAUGUGAGAAUGGAUUUACAGUGACAUUUUGGCUCAAGGUUCAAGGAACUGGCUAUAUCUUCUCAUCAGGAUCUUUCACGAACAAAAGGAAUGGUCCAGGAUAUCAGCUAUAUUACCACCAGAGCUUGAAACGUUUUAAAUUUAUUCUUGAAACCAGAGAUAAAAAGUGGACGCUGUUUAUUCACGAAGAAGUUGGGCUGUGGACGCAUAUGGCCUUUACAUGGAGGGAACGGAACGGACUGGCGUAUUACGAGGAUGGAAAUUUGAGCUCGUUUACCGACAAGCCCGAAAUUGUGUCUGCGUUGCGCCAACAGAAUUACACACCUGUUAUCACACUUGCACGGCCUAGCAGCAGUUUGAGUCUCAAGAAAUUUGGAAAGUUUGAGAUUUCUCAGUUUGCCAUCUGGCAGAAAGAACUUUCAGCUGCAGAUAUUGCUGGAGUGUAUCAAGAUGGAGUUACUUAUGAUGCGAAAUUAUCCAUGUGUUGUUAUUUCAAAUCAGUGAGCCGUUGUAUGGAAAAUCCAUGUCAUGACCCUGAACAUUGUCGCAGAAUCAUGGAAUCUGCUGAGAAGUGCCUUUGCCCCGCUGUCAAUCUUGGCCUUAAAACUUGCAAAGCAAAGAUAACAGGUGAAUGUGAGGACAAGAGUAGAAGUUGCGACGUGUUCGCUAAACAAUCUGAAUACUGCAAACGAAGAAAAAUGCGAGAAAUUUGUCCGCAGUCUUGCAAUUACUGUGGUCCUUCGCGUCCUAUCACCACGCUAAAACCGACACUGAAGACUUCGUCGACGUUCAUGUCCAGAAUAUCUCGGAAAUCCCGCAAUCCCUCCACGGUGGUCCCGACUAACGGGAGUCCCGCGGGUGGUGGGAUAACUACAAACCCGACUUCACGGCCAAGGACUCCGACUACAGCCAGGAGAGGUAAAAGAGGCGAAUCUUGUGACGGACUGACGUGUGAGUACCAUGAUCGCUGUGUGAACACUUCGCAUGGUUAUGUCGAAUGUAGAUGCCCUCAACAUACUUGCCCUAACGGCAGAGAAAUCAUUUGUGGCACCGACGGCAAAACCUACCUGAAUAUGUGCGUUAUGAGGAAAGAAGUAUGUCGAGUACAGAAGCGGAUAGAGAAGAAACACGAAGGUCGCUGCAGCGGUGGACUAUUUCCCGAAGCAACGCAUUAUUUGCCAUUCAGUGACGUUUCUCAGGAUAAAAGGGUGAAGGAUUUACGAGGAAACAUCACCGGUGAUGUUAACAAUGGAGCGAAGCAGUCAACCGAUGAUCAAAUUGGAGAAGUACUGGCACUAGAUGGUGAGGAUGACUUCAUCGAACUGACGGGUUUCAAAGAGAAAUGCAUUGUGGACCCUUCUUCUUGCAAAGAAGGUUUGUCGGUGGCAUUUUGGAUAAAAUACAUCAAAGGUGAAUUCAUCAUUUCAAGUGGACAUUACACCUUAAGUUCGCUCGGCCCAGGCUACCGCUUAAUUUGUGAAAACUGUGGACCCCACUUGACGUCGUCAAGAAGAUUUGUUCUGGAACUUUCCAACCAUUCGCACAGGUGGAGAAUACUUCUCGACUCUCUUCCCAAAUGGUGGUUUCAUUUCGCCUUUACUUGGAGUCGAGAGCAUGGUCUGAAGUUCUACAAGAAUGGUAAAUUAGCCGUGAAGAGCCAAAAGCCGGAUUUUUUAAGGAAUGAAAGAAAUGCUAAAGACAAAAUGACUAUUGGAAAACCCAACUCCUUGACUAAGAUUUACUCGUAUGGAGGGUUCAGCAUCGGGCACUUUACUAUUUGGUCAUACGAGUUGUCUUGGGAUAAUGUUGAAUUGGCUUUUUUGUCUACUCUAACGGAGACAACGUCUUCAAUAAAAUGCUGUCAUGAAAUGAAAGCUGAUCCUUGCGUAAAGAAUCCUUGUCACAAUGGUGCAACUUGUCAGCGGUUGGAAGACACAUAUAAAUGUAUCUGCCCGGGCAUCAGCCUGAACGGAAUCUGCCCGCUUGCUCCUGUGCCUUGUGAAGACAAAAUCGCUCAUUGUUCCCAGUUCGUUCAACAAGAUGGAUACUGUAAGAACCACAGAAGAAAAAUGAGGAGCAUAUGUCCAAAAGCCUGCAACUUUUGUAAUGGAGGCUCCGAAAAACCAACACGCUCAACGCAAGUGUCGUCGUCCGCGAGUUUUAAAACGAAUGUUCGACUCUCAGAAGCAACACCACGCAGUCAAAUUGUGGGAGAAACACUUCAAAGUGAAAACCGCAGCGCUCAGAGUACAAGAGAAGGAGGUGAAAUUUCUAUUGAGUCAAAAGCAUCGUAUACGAAGCAUAGAUCAAAAAUGGCAUCCAUUUUGAGCUCGAAACCCGUAGAAGCAAGCGACAUGAGAGACAGCAGCCGCUCACGAUCAGGAUAUGAAAUGAUCAGCACAUUUGAUAAGAGAGUUAUCACUAGCACAAAAACAUCAUCUUCGUUCAGUGAUUUUACACCUAAAGGUACUACAACCCGAACACAUAGCAUGUCGACGGAUCUAAAGCUUCACAAAACUUCUCAACAUUCGUCAGCAUCCAGUUCACAUACCGCGGUCAUCAAAGAGUCUUUAUCAAUCACAAGUGUCACUACGUUUCAAGAUUCAAGUACCCCCAUUCCGAAAGUUUCAUCAUCGAUAACUCUUAUUAAAAGUACCGAUGAAUUGUACGCUAAACUCACUUCGACAUCAAGACAUGUCAAACACACGAACACACCAUCUCUGACAGAAAUGCCUGUGAAUUCCAUCAAAACUACAUCAAUAAUCUCGCUUCCCAUAGCAACAACUCAUUUUUCAUUUACCUCAGCUCAGACGUCGCUUUUGUCUACGGUCGCUGUGCAAGAGAAAGCUCCAUUAACUUGUAACAUAAAUAAUGUCACUUGCGUUUGUUUUAAUUGCGGUGAAGUGCGUCAAAAGGAAGGAAUCUGUUGUAUGGAUCUUGUCGACAAUAGGAAAACUCAACAAGGAGUUCACAUUAAUAUGAUUAACAUUACAGUUGAGAUCUUUUAUCCUAAAGUACAUGUCGUUUCGAAGAUUAUCGAAGGAGUGAUUUGGGAAUCGUGCAUGACGAACUCAUCCCUUUGCCUAGGUGAAGAAAAGUUCUUUGAGGCCAAACGUGUUCGUAAGAAGCGUUUGGCACAAAAUUUUUUCUUCAAUGACGACUCUCUGUCGGAUAUUCUAAGGAUAAAACGAGAUUCAGAAUCGGGUCAUCAUAGCUCACAAAUUCAUGCAUCAUCAGUUAAUAACGGAGCACUUCGUCCUGAUAUUAAACCCUCUAAAAUCAAUAUCACCCGGGUAGAUGUGAUAAUAUACAGUAUUUACUCCGUGGCCGGGAAUCCAAGUGCAGUUGGAACGGCCUUUUACGUCACGGUGACGUCACUUAACAAUGGAACCAAUCACACGCAAGUUCUUGAUGGCAAAGGUUUACUACAAAUUCUCAGGAACAAGAGAAAUGUUCUUGAGAAUAAAUUAAAUAUAACUAUUGACUCAUUCUCAGCUACCAUGUCAUCUAAAAGCUUGACGCCCGCUUCGACAUUGGUUCUUAACCCCUCUGCCCCAAGCAGGAACCUACAGACACCCUUACCCUUCCCUGAAGUUCCAACCUCCGCCGUGCAGGGAAGCACGGAUGGGGAUGACGACAAAGGUAUUUCCCAGGGCUUGCUCAUCCUCAUUAUCUCCGCAGCUAUCGGGGGCCUGGUACUACUCGUUGUUUUAUCCGUGUUCAUACUUACUCGCUUUUACAGACAAAGAAAAGGAGAGUUCGUACCAGACAAGAAUUACCCCACCCCUCACAGUAAACAAAAUGGUGAGGCAGUGGAUGUCGACGACGAUGUCGAUAACAUUGCGUCAUUUAAUGACGUCAUAGACCCGUCCACUCCUCGUAUCACAGAUGUUCCUCACAAACCCACCAGGGCCCAGUCUUCUUCAGGAGGGGGUCCAGGCGGCGCUAAAAAAUCAAAGAAGCCAAUGGGAGUAAAAGUCACAUAUAAACCACCCAAGUGGGACUAGUUGAUAAGGCAGAAAAUGUCAACGGAAUGCAAACGAAUACAGGUCAUGUUGCAGAGACAUUUUGCCCCCUGAAAGGAUUGGAAAUUUACAAACCAAACUCCGGUCAGCCGGACAGUCCCGUACAUCUCUAGAGAACGCUAACUUAGUUUACCAACCAUUCGGAGACGAGAACUUACGACCAUGUGACCAGAAUGGACCAAUCAGUGACGGGACGACAUUCAUUUUUUUUCACGCUCACUGCUUGUUGAUCCAUUUUGGUCUCGUGGUCGAAAUAAGUGAUUCUGAAUGGUUGGUAACUUGAACCAAUUACAGUGCCUUCGUUCUGCCUCCAAAUAACUUACAGUUUCCUUAAAGCUGUUUGCAGUCUUUUUUGAUGUUACGUACCAAUAAAUGCCGGGCAUUUUUUUUAUUAUUUCAUCAAAAUACGGGAUAAUUUCGACUUUGAAGGCAGACUUUUUAAUACAAAAAGAAGGGAAAGGGAAUGAUUUUGUUGUCCUUUUUGCUAAGCGAAUAUGCAAAAUGCCUAGAAUUUGAAUAAAUUAAACCACGAAAUU